CGAGUGCCAACAUUUGCAACGUGGUCCUGAUGAGGCACACGGAACUGGAGGAGGGGAUCGACGUCCAGGACGAGGAAGGGAAGGUGGUGGGAUCGUCCCGGAUCGCGGCCAGACACGCCCUGCUGGAGACGGCGCUCACCCGCGUGGUGCUGCCGAUGCCCAUCCUGGUCCUGCCUCCCAUCAUCAUGUCCCUCCUGGAGAAGACGGCUUUUCUGCGCUCCCGACCUCGGAUGCUCCUCCCGGUCCAGAGCCUCGUGUGCCUUGCCGCCUUCGGCCUCGCCCUCCCCUUGGCCAUCAGCCUCUUCCCCCAGAUGUCCCAGAUCGAGGCUGCCCGCUUGGAGCCGGAGAUCGCCCAGGCCACCGCCAGCCUGACCGUCACCUACAACAAAGGGCUGUGAGCGGAAGGCAGCCCAGCCCUGGGCACCGGAGACGGCGGCAGAGCAGCAGCAGCAGCAGCACACGGAGGGGCGUGAAGGGGGGGGAGGGAGGGAGGGAGGGGGCGGAAUACAAUAGGAGGAAGGAGCAGACAAAGCUGCGGCUUGUAACAUCUUCCCUCCUCCGUCAAGAACGGCGUGUAAAUUAGCACUUUCCGAGACCCGGCAUCUCACGUUGGUCGAAAAGAUUAAUAUUUAAAAUUCUCAAUUAGCGACAGUAACAGC